AAAGCAGAGCUGUAUAUUGUAAAGUUAAUUUAUACAUCGUUCCUCUAUUCCAGAUGGGAAACCGCUGCUAAUUCUUCCCGCUCGACUUCUGCUCAAGCAAUGUAUUUAUUUUCAAUCUUUUAAUUUAGAGAAAAUACAAGUCCGAAAAAUCUCAAAUUCUAGGGUUUUUUAAAUUUCUGGAAUUUUUUUAAUUGAAGCUUAACAAUGGCUGAUCGAGAUAGGAAGAAGGCUUUGUUUCGUGCUAAGUUAAACGAGAAACAGCAAAAAAAUCGCAUUGAUUCGCCCCUUGUGAGGUAUAAUGAAAUUGGUAAGCCUGUUUGUCGAGUUUGUGACUGUGUCUUAAAAUCUGAUUCUGAUUGGACUGUACACCAAGCCUCUCGGAAGCAUCAUGAGGCAAUUAACAAUCUUAAAGCAAGUGCUUCCAAAAAAGGUGCGGUCAACAGUGCAAAAUCUGAGACCGUUAAAGAGUCUUUGAAGAAACAAUUGGAUAAUUCUCCAAAGUCCAAGGAUGAUAAACCAAGAAUAUCUUCUGAUGUACAGAAGUCCCGGUCAUCCUCAGCACUUCCUGCUGAUUUCUUUGACCAUGGGGACAAUAAGAGACAGAAAGUUGUACCUGCUCGAGUACAGGAAAUUGAUACUAGUGUGGGUGCGAUCCCAUCUAAGCCUGCAAAAUCUAGUCAACGUGAAACUCAGCCUGUUAGGGUUGCAGAAAAUGUAACGGCUCCUUCUGAAACUAAGCAGAUUGGAGAGUUGCCCCAAGGUUUCUUUGAUAACAAAGAAGCUGAUCUACGUGCACGUGGUAUUGAACCUGUGAAACCAGAUGUCAAAGAUGAGUACAAGGAAUUUGAAAAGUUGAUCCAAGAGGAUUUGGCAGAGGUGGACAACCGCUUUGAAGAAGAAGAGAUUGACGCAGCUGAGCAGAUAGAGGAGGAAGAAAUAGUAGAGCAAAAGACCUACAGGAACAGAGUGGAGGAGCUAAAGAGAAAGAAAAUGGAACUUCUAGCUGCUAGAUCUUCCAGAGCUGGUAAGGUGUCUGAAGAUCCAGGAUCAAAGGCCAAACAAGAUAGCUCGUCAAGUGAUGAUGAAGAUGAAGACGAAGAUGAAGAUGAUAAGAGCUUUGCAGUUGAUUGGAGAGCACAACAUCUGUGAAAUGCUGUAGAUUGAAGUGCUAGUUGAGUAGUUGGUCACAUUUUUCGGGUUCAAUGAAGUUAGCCAAUCACAGUCAAGGAUCCUGGAACUGAGAAGAACAAACAAUUUUGUGUAUUGCACUAACCUGUACAUUCUUUUAUGUAUGUGAACAAAGCCAAUGUUAGUUAACCAAGGAAAAUUAAACAAUAUUCCUCUUAAUCGAUUGAGUCUAGCACAUAUAUUCCAUUGGUUCAUUUUUCAUGCUGUUGUCACUUUAAAAUUACAAUUACAUCCUGGUUUUGAGGAGUCGGAGAUUUUUGGAAGAUGAACUGUAAUUUAGUGAUCAUGUAUGAAAUGAACUUUUAACAA